GAGAGGAGCGAUCAUCAGACAGAGAGCUAGAAGAGAAAAAAAAAAAGGAAAAAAGAAAGGGAUCUUCCCAAUCCCAUGGACGAUCUCUGAGAAACCAAAUCCAUCUGGUAAAAUUUCAAUCCUGAUCCGGGAGGCUCGAUUAUUAUUUUUGUUGGAAAUGGUGUUGGUAUUGGCAUUGGGGGAUAUACAUGUACCCCAAAGAGCGGCUGAUCUACCCCCAAAGUUCAAAUCCAUGCUCGUUCCUGGCAAGAUUCAACACAUCCUCUGCACUGGCAACCUCUCCAUCAAAGAAAUACAUGACUACUUGAAGACGAUCUGCCCUGAUUUGCAUAUAGUUAGAGGCGAGUUUGACGAAGAUGCACGUUACCCCGACACUAAAACCUUGUCUAUUGGCCAAUUCAAGCUCGGUCUCUGCCACGGCCACCAGGUGAUCCCAUGGGGCGAUUUAGACUCACUAGCCAUGCUUCAGAGACAGCUCGACGUGGACAUACUUGUCACUGGACAUACUCACCAGUUCACUGCCUACAAACACGAGGGAGGAGUCGUCAUCAACCCGGGCUCUGCUACUGGUGCUUACAGCACCAUUAACCAAGAUGUUAACCCGAGCUUUGUUCUUAUGGAUAUCGAUGGUCUUCGUGUUGUCGUCUAUGUCUACGAGCUCAUCGAUGGCGAGGUUAAAGUCGACAAGAUCGAUUUCAAGAAGGCCUCCUCCACUUCUGCUCCUUAAUCCCGUUUGGAACUUUCUUUAGCUUCAAUAAUCUUUAUAGACUUUUGGUUUAAGCGUUCUAUUUGUUCAACUAAUUAAAGAUAAUGUUUGACACUCUUAUCAUAAAGAAGUUCAAAUAUUUGCAACCUUUACAAACACAUCUUCAA